AAAAAAAGUUAAGGAAGUGGGCACUUUAAAUUUUUACUCUUAAAAGGGGUGGAAUUAACACAUAUUAUGGGGGUGGGUACUUUCCCCUAUUAACACAUAAUUUUAUGCAUUGAAAGUAUGGUAUUGGAAACACUUGAAUUUAAGAUAUUACUAAUGAUUUUGCUUCUUAAACUACUAAAAGCUUUAGAUUAUUUAAAUAAUUAUUUGAUGAUUGUUUUAUAAUUUAUGACAUUUUAUAGAUUAAAAUUAUGUAGUCACACAAUUAUAAAAGAUGAUCAUGUGUUAUGUUUAACUAGUUGAUAACAAAAAUCUUGAAAUUUUACUCUUUAAGAGGCUCUUUUUUUUUUGUUUACCUAGUUGAUAACAAAAAUCUUGAAAUUUUACUUUUUAAGAGGACCUUUUUUUGUUUUCGCCUAUGACCCCCAAAAUAUCAGGCGUAUAGCGGAAAUCGAAAACCACAUAUUUACUAGGGUGUGCACUGUGCAAUUCCAUUUAUGAUAGUAGAGUUUAAUUUAAAACCUCAUCAAGGAAGUGUUGUCUUACAUUAUUAAUUAGCUGCUGAAAUUCGAUUUAGAAAAUUUACGUUAACGUAUAAAGUUUCCGAAAUCAUAAAAAACCGUACGUUGACUAGUAAGGUAUCCCCAAUGAGACAGAAAUUGUUGUUUACAGCUAUAUAUUGAUGAAUAAAUUGGGAAACUACACAAGUAGGAGUAUAUAUUAACAUCUAGCAGCAUUAGUUUCUGGAAACUAAUUGAUGGGAGACAAAUUUUAAUUUAGCAUUAACUAUCUUUCAAAUUAUGACAUUUGUUUUUUUUUUUUUUUUGACUUGGGGGAGUUGGGGAGGGGGAGCAGUGAGAUUUGAACCCGUGACCUCACUGUUCACUUUAUUUUAAUAUAUAGGUCAAAAGUUUUUUUUUUAUUUUUUAUUUUUUGAUAUGACCUUUUGCAGCUUAUACUAGAUGGGAUGCACACAAAUUUCACUUUUACUAAGAAAAAAGAAGAAUUUCCCCACUUUUAUCAUGAGCCAAAAAUUUACAAGCUGUCCUAGAAUCUAGCUUCUCAUUAUUUAAAAUAAUCUGACCAUCAAGGCUUCAACCCACUUUUUUCUUUCACCCACUAUUAUUGCUACAUGUUUAAUUGUGCCAGCCAUAUAUUCAUAUUUCCACGCCAAAUUGGAAGAUGAAUGCUUGGCCUUUGAAACAAGAAGAAGAUCAAAGUCUGAUGUCAUUUGAAUUCUGUACAUCAGCCUCCAUUUCCCACCAUGGAAAUGGGAAGUACCCUAAAAUGGAAAAGAGAUACAUUGGAGUAAGAAAGAGGCCAUGGGGGAAAUAUGCAGCAGAAAUUAGGGAUUCGACGAGGCAUGGCAGGAGAGUUUGGCUGGGCACAUUCAAUACUGCAGAAGAGGCUGCUCUAGCUUAUGAUCAAGCAGCAUUUGCGACGCGAGGUGCCGUCGUUCCACUCAAUUUUCCCAUUGAGAGAGUGAUUGAAUCUCUUGAGAAAAUCAAUUAUAGGUGCGAGGAGGGCUCGUCGCCUGCAAAAGCCCUAAAGGAGUCGCACAAGAUGAUGAAGCAAACUAAGAAGCAUGCUAGACAACAGGAUGUUGUGGUUCUUCACGACUUGGGAUCUGAUUUGUUGGAUCAACUCUUGUCUCAGACUGAUUCAACAUAGACAUUAGACACUACUAUUAUGUCUUGUAAGUAUCCUUUUGCCGUUCUUUUUUUCUUCUUCAUUUUCGUUUAAACCCUUGAUCUCUAUCCAAUCAUCUCCGAGCUAGUUUAUCAAUUGAGAUAUACCCUUCGAAUACGUUACAAGUGAUCAAUUUAGCCUCAAAUUUAUCUGCU